AUGUUCACAUCCACGAGAAACAAGUCUCAUCGUGACAGCUUCUCUUAUCGAGCCGGAAAAUCGAUGAGUAAAAGGCAGAAGUCGUUCAACAAGUCGUUCAACAAGUCGUUCAAGGAAUAUCCUCCAGCGAGACGCAUUGUCACUCAGCAAUACGCACAACCUUCUUCAUCAGCGCAGUCGUCUCCGACAAAGACAGGCAGCUCGCCAACAUCACCCAACCUCAACUCAGCCAUCGUUACGAUUGCCGUUGGUCAAGAGCAACGCCUGUUCGCAGCACACGAGGACGUCCUCUGCAAAUCGCCCUUCUUCGCCGAAUCCUGUCGGGCGCAGUUCUUCGAAGCCAACGGCAAGCGAGUCGACCUUCCUGGAGAAUCACCUGAAGUGUUCUCAGCCAUAUUGGAGUAUCUCUACAAAGGCGACUACACACCCAAGAUCAACUUCGACAAGAAACAUAGCAGUUGGUAUCUCGAGGACGAUGACGGCACAGGCAAGAAUGAGAACACGAUCUACACACCCAGCGGCGUCGCCAUCCUCAAGGACACUGUCAUCUACUGCUCGGCCCAUCACUACGGCCUCGCCGAACUUCAACGCCUCGCCCUGAAGAAGCAAGGUCUACAAUCUGGAGUCCAAUGCAGCACCAUCCUCUCAUCGGCCCGAUAUGCCUAUGCCAACACGCCGCCUUCGGACUCGAAGCUAAGGGCGCACUAUCUCGCCCUCAUCAUCCGCAGCCGGAACACCUUCAAGCGCAGCGGCACGAUGCAGAUGGAAAUGGAGCAGGGCGGCAGCCCUCUCUUCUUCGACUUGUUCGUCGCCAUGACAAACCACCUCGACGACCUCAGCAGCGUACGCACGCCGCGCACUGCCUAG